GCAAGUCUCAUGGGCACUAUUUACGGACCUACAAAAGUCAGUAAAAUACAAAUUUCUAAGUAAAUCUGGAUCUUAUUAUACUGUUCACAAAUUUAAAAAUUAUUUUAUUACAGUAUUUUCAACCAUAAACUUCUUAUUUUUAGCAUAUCAGCGGUAUGUAAACAUGCUCUAAAAGCAUGUGAGAUGCCUGUGUUCCCCGCAGAGAGGAGAGACCUCUGACCAACAGAAAAGAAAGAAAGGCGGUGAAACUAGAGCCACCGCAGAACUUCUCUCCGCCGUCUCGCCGCCCUUGUCCCGGCAAUGCUUGGUGGUUUCGCUGCACCGUUCAAUACCCAGCACCUGCCAUGGAUGAAUGUCUACUUUUACUCCCUGCAAAUGCACCUUUUAUGCCAAAUGUACCACCCUCAAAAUUGCCUACAUCCAGUGCUUAAGUUGCUCUAGCAAAGCCCUUAUCUGCCACUGGGAGUAGUACACUUCAGCUCAGUUCAUCUUGUGUAAAACGUUCAAGCCACAUUUUCUAUGAUUCUGAUGAUUACUUAGAUCGAGAUAUUUAUGAGAUUGUAGAUGCUAUGGCUACUGAGUCUGAACCGUCUACAUCCGGUGCUGCACAACCUACAUUAUUUGAUAUGAUGGAUCUCCUGCAACAGAUUCUACCUUGCUUAUAUCAGAUUCUACAUUACCUAAAUCGUAUUGAACAAGAUAUUAAAGAGAUUAAGGAGGGUCAAGAGUUAGGAGUUGAUAAUUUAGUGAUGUACUUAUGUUCUUUGUGAACUUGCUGGUUUAGUACCUUGUGAACUUUGAUGCUUAGUUAUAACAGUUUGUUUUUGUACUUAAAACAUACUUUACUUUAUACUCCUUGCUUCCUGUAGGUUCUGAAUAUUGUCAAUGUAUGUAUCAAUUUCUUUCAGACUUUUCUUUUUUCUUGAUUUGGUCUUAAAAUUACAAAGAAUUUAAUAUUCUUUUGCUCAACUGCCAAUUUUAUAUACUUCCAUGUAACUUUUAGGUGACCAUGUUAUUAUUUACAUGUAAUCAUGCAAGCAGAGCAAUUUUUAUGAAUGAUUGAAUGGUGGCAGGCUAUGUAACUUAAUUAAUUCUUUUCAUAGUGUAGGAAUAAAAAUAUUGGGGUGUCCCUCAGAGAAAAGCAUUCAAGUUUUUUAAAUGCGUGGGGACACAAGAUUUGAGAGUGGCAUGUGAAUCUAAUUAAUUUUAAUUCUCUGUUAAUCCACAACACUGACUCACUACUCUACAAAGUCUUCAAAGCCAAAUAUUUUCCACAUUGUACAAUCUUGGAUGAGGAGGUUAAGAUGAAAGGAUCCUAUGCUUGGCAAAGCAUUUUGAAAGCUAGAAGUCUGGUGCGUAUAGGGUCAACUUGGAGAAUUGGCGAUGGAGAAAAAGUCCUUAUAAGAGGUGAUAAUUGGCUACUUGAACAGUUUUCCAAGCAAGUCAUAGAUGAAGAAAUCCCUUGCUGGUUGGAAGAAAGAGUCUGUGAAGAACUGAUGCCGCAUGAAGCCAAUGCUGUCCUCAGUAUACCCCUUAGCAGCAGGCAGCCAGAAGACACUCUAAUAUGGUAAAAGUCAAAAAAUGGAGUUUACACAACGAAGAGUGCUUAUCGUUUACUAGCUGACAGUGAGGCCUUGAAACAACCUGGACAAUCUAACCCGACAGCUAAUAAUGGACUAUGGAAGAAAUUGUGGAGUCUUGACAUCCCUAACAAAGUGAAGCACUUUUUAUGGCGUGCUAGUUGUGAAUCACAAAUAUCACUCGCAAUGAUAUGUGCGAAAUAUGCGAUGGCGAAGCAGAAGAUACCAUUCAUGCAUUGUGGGAUUGCCAUGUACUGAAAGAAAUUUGGUGGGAGAUGGACAUUUGCAGGAGUAAUCUUGCUACUCGUUUCACUUGUUUUAGUGAUCUCCUAACAGGAAUUUUUAAUAGUCAAGAACCAAACCAGGCCGAGGUGUUUGCAUUUGUAGCUUGGGAGAUUUGGAGAAAGAGGAAUGCUUUAAGGGUGGGUGUUGACUCCAUACCGUACUCAAAAAUAUUUGUGGAAGCCAUUGAGAGAUUGCAAGAGUUCCAAGCAGCACGGUCUGAUCAAAUCUUAACCAACCAGAGGAAUGGUUUCACUAGCUGGGUCCCAUCUCCUAACCCUCUGCUGAAAGUUAACUUUGACGGGGCGGUAUUCCAGGAUACGUACCAUGCUGGAAUUGGUGUUGUAAUCAGGGACUCCGAAGGCAAAGUUUUAAGUGCUUUAUCUGAAAGGAUCAAAUUAACCCCAACGGUGGACGAUGUUAAAGCAAUGGCAUGCAGGAGAGCAAUUGAGAAUGGACUACAACAAGCACUGUUUGAAGGGGACUCGGCAACAGUCAUAAACGACAUUCAAGCUGGUCCACCUUGUCUGGCUUCGUUUGGGCAUAUUAUUGAGGAUGCCAUCAACUUGACUUCACACCUCUAUUACUGCUCCUUUUCACAUGUGCUACGAAAAGGCAAUACUGUGGCUGACAAGGUAGCUAUAAAUUAGCUAAGUUUGUUUUGUACCCAAAUUUUGGAAGGAGUACAUCGCUAAUGAUGUCAGCUCUCUUGUAUUACUCGACAGCAGCUUUGCGUUGGCUUAAAUAAAAUGGUUGACUACCGGGCUUUCUGGCCUAAGUGGUACCCAGUU